AAUCUCACGGGGUAGGGAAAUCUAACGGAACCCCGGUGGUUUCCUAGUCCUGAGCCUGUCGGCUGCCGUCCUGUGUGUCUGCUCCGUGGCCACGUCAUGAAGAACAUAUUGUGUGUCAUGUCCCCGUGCGCCCCCAGCUCUUCAGUCUUCAACUAGCGACCGGGGGACUGCGCAAUCAUGGAAAUUUAAAGGAAGGUGACGUCCUCAGAGAGGGGGGGUGGACCCCUCCCUCUGCCCUAUCUGCCUUCUCUCUUGGUGCUGGACUUAUGGCAGGAACGUAAUAAAAGACUAUAUCUCAGAGGUCUAUUUUUGUACACACCCGGGGUUGGGGACAGUAUUUGUACGGAUAUUUAUACUUAAUGUUACAGUGCCCAAGGGUUUUGGAAACCUUUUGCUGUCCGUCUGAGCCUCACUUUUUUUUUAUUUCUUUGGUACAUUGUGAAGGAUUUCUCGGCAUUGACGAGCGCCAAGUAUGGAUGUGGUAUGGCCAGAAUGUACGGUACGCUGCCGCUCCCUUCAGCACGCGCUGGAUGUCAUCUCCGCGGUGACUAGAGGAAGUGAGCAGCAAAUCAAGGCCUUCCUCUCUUCUUAUUGCUGCAAUGCCACCACCUUGAAGGAUGAUUUUGGGCGCAAUGCCGUUCAUAUUUCGGCGUCCUGUGGUAAGAAAAGUGUCUUGGAUUGGCUGGUUGCCAAAGGUGUAGACCUGUCUGCCAAAGACAAAGAAUCUGGAUGGACAGCGUUACACAGAAGCAUCUUCUAUGGCCAUAUAGAUUGUGCCCUGACUCUAUUAAAGCAUGGCAGUAAUCUCCACACCCAAGAUAAAGAUGGAUUCACUGCCCUGGACCUUGUCAUGAAGGACCGUCCUUCUCAUAUCGUUUUCCAAGCCAGUGAUCUGACAGAAUUAUACACCUGGGGAAAUAAUGUUAAUUUUACCUUAGGGCACGGCAACCAACAAAGCAAACAUCACCCUGAACUGGUUGAUAUGUUUCCUCGCUGUGGCAUAUAUAUCAAACAGAUGGUACUGUGUAAAUUUCACUCGGUCUUCCUGUCUCAGAAAGGGCAGGUUUACACCUGUGGGCAUGGUCAAGGUGGUCGGCUUGGUCAUGGAGAUGAACUUACAUGUCUGGUUCCAAGAUUGGUGGAAGGUUUGGCCACCCAUUCAUGCAGUCAAGUGGCUGCGGCCAAAGACCAUACGGUGGUACUAACAGAAGAUGGAUAUGUCUACACUUUUGGCUUAAACACAUUUCAUCAGCUAGGCAUCCUCCUUCCUCUUUCAAACUGUAAUGUUCCAAGACAGGUUCAGGCCAAAACUUUGAAAGGCAAGUCUGUGAUAGGGGUUGCUGCUGGAAGGUUUCACACAGUACUGUGGACUAAAGAUGGUGUUUAUACCAUGGGACUUAAUGGUGGUCAAUUAGGGUAUUUGCUUGAUCCUAAUGGAGAAAAGUAUGUCACUUGUCCUCGCCAAGUGUCUGCUCUGCAUCAUAAAGACAUCAGUAUAUCUCUUGUGUCUGCCAGUGAUGGAGCUACUGUUUGUGCCACUGAACGUGGAGAUAUUUACCUCCUGACGGAGUACCAGUGCAAGAAACUUGCAUCAAAGCAACUGAACUUAAGGAAGAUCCUUGUGUCUGGCGGAUUUCUAGAUUGCAAGGCAGAUCUACAAAAUCUUAAAGAAAAUGGAGGCCAGCCUGUUCGAUUCCUUUCUUUGGAUCAAGCUGGAAGGGUUUUUUGCUGGAAGUCGACCAACAGUUCUAUGAAACCGUGCCGCUGGGUGUAUGGACGCCAAGUGUUUGUGUCGGAUUUUGCCUUAAAUAAGAAUGAAAUGCUUUUUAUUACUCAUGAUGGUGAAGGAUUUAGUGGAAGGUGGAUGCCUGAAAAGAAAAUCUCUGCAGAUAAAAAGGAACACUCAAUGCCUGAUUCUUUGCACUCUGAUACCCAUGGUGUGUAUGAAAGGAUUUGUCUGCAGAAGCUAUCUUUCGUCCACAGGGCGGUUAGUGUCGCAACAGAUCCCAACGGAUGUAACUUUGCAGUAUUGCAGUCAGACCCCAAAACCAGCCUUUUUGAAAUCCCAGUUGUGUCUGCAUCCAUUUUUGACGAAGAUUUUGGGAAAAUACUGAAGGAAGUAGAUGAGAUGGACUCCAUCCAUGAUGUGACGUUUUUACUAGGUUCCCAGGCUUUCCCAGCACAUAGGUGCAUUCUGGCCAUGAACUGUGACUUCUUCAGAAAGCUGUUUUUAUCUGCCGGCAGCAACCAAGCUGUCCUCCCAGAUAUUUACCAAAAUGGGGAGGAUUCGUCAGGAUGUGACCUGUUUGUCAUUGAAAAAGUAUCUCCUGUUCUGUUCUCCUACAUCUUGCAAUUUGUCUACACCGACACGUGUGAUAUGUUAGUCCCUGGUCAUAAGCCAAGAUGCAUUCAAAAAGAAAAAUUUGAUGAAAAUCAAGACGCCAUCAUUACACAUUUUCAGAAGAUAAGUUUUCAUGAAGAUGUUAAAGGUAGAUCUGCCUAUGAGGUCUAUAGGAACAACCAGAUCUGUGCAGACAAUGAAAAGAAAAAGGGCAAGAUAAAGCCGUCCAAGAAAAGUAAAUGUGUGAGCGAAGAAAAUAGCCCUGUAAAAAUGCUUCAAAAUCUGGCCAAGAAAUUUGGUCUGAGUAGUCUGAGUUCAAGACUGGAUGGAGUCAGAUAUGAAAAUGGAACAAUUAAUGUUGUUCACAAGAAGACUGGAAACGGGACAAGGCUCAACCUGAACAAAUGCACUUCUCUUUGUGAUGUAACUAUCAGAUCUGAAGAUGGGAAAGAAUUCCCCUGCCAUAAAUGUGUCUUAUGUGCGAGACUUGAAUAUUUUCACAGCAUGCUUAGCAGCUCUUGGAUUGAGGCAAGCUGCUGUUCCGCUUUACAAAUGCCUGUUCAUUCUGAAGUUUUAAAAGUUAUUCUUGAUUAUAUCUACACCGAUGAGGCCCCAGCUGUAAAAGAGUCUGCAAAUGUGGAAUUUGUUUGUAACGUCCUGGUGAUGGCAGAUCAGCUGCUCAUUGUUCGAUUGAAGGAGAUAUGUGAGGUCACACUUACCGAAAGACUUACUUUGAAAAAUGCUGCAGAAUUAUUGGAAUUUGCUGCCUUAUAUAAUGCUGACCAGCUAAAGGUUUCCUGCUUCCAGUUCAUAGGGCUAAAUAUGGCAGCUUUAUUGGAAUCAAGGACUUUGGAUGUUUUGAGUGACGAUGUGGUGAAGGAACUGGCUUCUUAUUACAGAAAAAUGAUUCCUGCGAUGGACAAGAGACUGAUCACCCCAUACUUUCAUGGACCAGACAUUAGCACUUUAGAGUAUGAAGAUAGUGAAAGUUUCAUGUCUACUAAAGGUGACAGUUUUUCUGAACAAUCAACUCCAGAAGCUCUUUCCAAGAAAACCAAAGCAAAAAGGAAGCCUAGAAAGCGAUCCGACAGCUCUGGAGGAUACAACCUUUCUGACCUCAUUCAGAGCCCACCAUCAUCUGGAUUUUUCAAAUCUGAAAAAAACAAUUCUGUUGAGUCACUCCAGGACUUGUUAGCAUCCGACUCAGAAGGAAGCUUCGUUGGUGCGAGCAGCCCAAGAGAUUUACAGUCACCUGACUUCACUGCCACCUUCAGUCCACCAAAAAAUGAGGAAAAAAGUCUGAUUUUUGAUGCAAGCUCUAUCGCCUCACCUCCAGCAGUGACCAGAUCUACCAGUAUAAAGAUGCCACAACACGUGGCUUCGUCUCCCAAAGCCAUUCCCAGCACAAGGGCUUCUCCUGCUACUUCUCCAAACUGGGUUGCUGUAGCAUUCAGCCCUGUUAGUCCUCCUGCUAUGGACCUAAGAACCAUUAUGGAAAUCGAAGAAAAUAUACAAAAAUGUGGAGCUACACCAAAACUUGUGACUGGAACGCAAAAGUCUGCUGCUCAUGGGAUAAAGCUCUCUCAGAAGCAGAGGAAAAUGAUGGCCUUAUCUAAAGAGAGUAAUAACAAUGCCGAAAGUGCUACUAAUAUCAAGAGCCCACCAAAAACAUGGACAACCUCUUUACAUUAUGACGGAGAACCAAAGUCAUUUCGUGACCUCAUUCGUGAAGAGCAAAAAACUAUUGUUUUAAAUACACUAGGAGAUACUGGAAAAAAAUCCACCCAUGUAACAGAAGUGGGUCCUCAGAAGUCUGCAAGAAAACCAUCUGAAACUGCAACUCAUGAAUCCAAGUGGAAAAGUAAUGUGCCAGAGUCUUCCAACCCCUGGCUUUUACCCUUAAAUAAAAACAAGCCUUCAGUGGUGCCAGUCACUUUUACUAAGAUCGUUGAAGAAGAGAAGAAGCAGGAGGCUGCCCUCAUUUGGAGCCGGGAGAAACCUCUGGCUCUCAUCCAGAUUGAAGAACGUGCGAUUCAGGAUCUGCUGGUACAUUACCAAGCAAUAGACAACCCAGAAGAAUAUAUAACAGUUGAGCGAUCAGCACAAGAGCCCAUGGCAACACCAAUGUGGAACAAGCAUUGACUAUGACAUGGUUAUUUUCUGAAUCCUAUAAACGUGCACACAUUGAUGUAAUGUUUGGGCAGUGUGUUUGCAGUUAAUAAAGGCCCACGCAUGUUUUGUAGAUUUUGGUCUGGAUUUGCUAAUCAGGGUUGAAUGGACUAAUUUCAACUUGUAUGCCAUAUACACAUUACUUAUGGACUUUUCAUGUUCUCAGUUUUGACAAAUUUAAUAAUUAUUGUCUAAUAUAGAAUAUUUAAUAUGGUAGUUGUGUAUUCUGUUACAGUGUAAUGAGUUUCUGUUGCAAAUAAAAGUGUGCAAUUAU